UUGAAAAAGAUGUUUACCAGGUUACAAAAAUUAUACCAGCCCCAAUUAAUCUCUAAAAACCUAUCUCUCUACCGAUCCUUCUGUACAGCCUCUAGUCAUUCUACAGUAGUAACUAAUCUCAUUAAAAUACAAUCGGAUGUCCAAAAAGCUGUGGAUUUCUCUACUAAAUCUCCAUUAGCAAAGGUUCUUCCUGUCACUAAAAGAAUAGAUCCAGAGCUAGUCAGAGAAGCUUACGCACAUGGAGAAAGACAUUUUGGAGAGAAUUACUUCCAAAGUCUCAGAGAUAGGGCUGCUGAUUUCCCAAGUGAUAUCAAAUGGCACUUUAUCGGCCAUUUACAGUCAAACAAGGCAAAUGGACUUCUCAAGAUCCCGAACCUUCAUGUUGUAGAAACUGUAGAUAACACCAAGCUUGCUAAGAAGUUGAAUAAAGCUUGAGAGAGCAAUGAAAGAACUUUAAAUAUCUUCUUGCAGGUUAACUCUAGUGGAGAAGUAUCAAAGUCAGGGCUCCCUCCUUCCGAGGUUCUCAAUGCUGCUGAAAUAGUCAUUCACGAGUGCACCAGCCUUAACUUGAAGGGUCUCAUGUCCAUUGGGAAAAUUGGUGAUAAGAAAGGAUUCGAACUCAUGUAUAAGCUUAAAACAGAUCUAUGUGAAAAGUAUGAUAUUGAUCCUGAUAAGUUUGAACUUAGUAUCGGAACCUCUGCUGAUUUUGAAGACGCCAUCAUCCACGGAGGAGCUACUGAAGUCAGAGUUGGUACCCAAAUCUUUGGAGAAAGGAAAAAUUAGAUUAUUAGUAGUGAAGAAUGUGCUAAAUUGUUUUGAACUA